CGUUGACUGUGCAUUCGGCAAUUGCCGUAUUUUAUUCUGAAGCUGUUGUCAGGAUUCCGGCAAAAAUGCAGGGCAUGCGAACUGCGGCGGAUUGAAGAAUUCGAUGUCGCAUCUCUCGUAAUUUCGUGCUUACGCGUCACUUUGACGUCGUUACGAUUAGUGAAUCGCGCAAGCCGCUUACUCGCCAAAUCAGCCGGAAAGUUCGGAGCGUCAUGAAAGCCACCUACUCAUCGCUCGGAGGCUGCUUCCAUCCGUUGGUCAGUUUCGAUGAAUGAGAUACAUGCCUACAUAUGACAAAUAGUCGCGGAUGCGCCGUUUACCGUAAUUUAACCUUCCCAACGAAAUUGAGCUUUGAUCUAUAGCACAAUAAUUUCCCCUUCUUGAGCACGAGGAAGGCUGGGCGAGUCUGCUCUCACCUCUUGUCACAGGUGUCGUGCACUUCUAGACUUCUUCUGAAAUGCUCCGAAACGAAAAACAAAAACAACAGAAGUAGUUGGCGUCCGCAUGCUCGCUAAAAACAUGUAUGAGGCGAAAACGAUCUGGCAGGAUUUUGCCUUGGCACAUUCCCGUCGGACUAGCAGAGGGGCAUGGGAUAAUCAAGCUUUUCCGCCAAGACGACCGUCGCAAAUCUUUGAAAUUCAUAGCCUCUCCAUACAGCGCAUCUCAUUGAUCUUGCUCGCCAUCCAAAACUCCGCUCUCAUUAUGACAAUGCAUUACUCCCGAAUAGCUCCUGUCGACUCAGGCCGUCGCUAUCUCCCAUCCACAGCCGUUCUUCUUGUCGAGAUCAUCAAACUGGUAGUUAGCUUGUCCAUCACCACAUUCGAAAUGGCCAAAGCACACCCCACUAGUUCGCCAAGAGACCUAUUUGUGCUCCUCUGCAAGUCCUUCUUGUCGUCCGAUAGCUGGAAACUCAUCAUCCCCGCAGCACUGUAUACCCUACAGAACUCCCUCGUCUACGUCGCGAUCAGCAAUCUAGAAGCCGUGACAUUCCAAGUGAUAUACCAGCUGAAAAUCCUCACCACCGUCCUCUUCAGUAUCGGGUUGGUAGGAAAGACGAUCUCAUCUCGACAAUGGCUUGCUCUGGUCCUGCUCACCCUCGGUGUCGCAAUCGUACAGACAUCAAACCCGCUUCCCUCAUUCGAGGAGAUGAAAAGCAAGCUCACCACCCUACUCUCGCCAUCUCCUUCCGAGUUAUCCCCCUUGGCAUCAAAAUCAUCCUUCCCGCCCGGCCAGCCCGAGUCAGCGCACAUCCUCCACUCCUCCACCAUGUCUGCCACCCGGGGCCUGCUCGCCGUGCUCGCCGCAUCCCUGAUCUCGGGCUUCACAAGCGUCUACUUCGAACUCAUCAUCAAGAGCACCAUUUCCAGCGUAUCUCUCUGGACACGUAACGUGCAGCUCUCCUUCUAUUCCCUCUUCCCAGCCUUGUUCCUCGGUGUCAUGUACCAAGACGGCCCUUCCAUUUCCACGCAUGGAUUCUUCGCAGGCUACAACAGCAUUGUGUGGGUCGUGAUUGUGCUGCAGGCGCUUGGGGGGGUACUUGUUGCGGUUGUAAUUACGUCUGCGGAUAAUGUGGCGAAGAACUUUGCAGCUAGUGUUAGUAUUGUUGUUAGUUGUGUGGUGAGCGCGGUGGUUUAUCAGACGGGGGUCAGCGUGCAUGGCACAAUCGGCACAGGAACAGUCCUGCUCGCUGCAUAUCUCUAUCAUAGCUAUAGCUGUGCGAGUCCGGCUAGUGAGCUGCUGCUGCCGAUGAGCAGGGAGAGGGAUAUCAAGGGCUAGAUACGAUUGUACAUUAGAUAUAAUAGUUCUAUGGGUAAUUGACUAGAGGUACUAUUAGCACAGAAACUAGAAGGUGAAGGCCGCUUCCAGCUCAGGAUACUCGAAUUUAGCCCUAUCGAUCUACGGACUAGUGUUGGGGCUACUACCAUCUACAACAUUCUUCAUUUAUUUUCCAGGAC